UUAAUCUUCAAUACGUUACUGAAAUUUGGGUUGUAUUUAUGAGUGUUAUUUUUAUUUGCACGUAGUAAUAAUCAAGGGGAUUAUGAAUUAAUAUUUGGUAGUUAAAUUUUUUAAACGUGUAAAAAAAUGAAUGAUAUUAAUAUUUAUACUGAUCGAGUAGUUUUUGUUACUGGAGGCUACGACCACACUAUUAAAAUCUGGGAAGCACAUACUGGAAAUUGUCAGCGAACUUUACAGCAUAGUGAUUCUCAAGUUAAUGCUUUAGCUAUUACACCUAAUAAAUAUGUCAUUGCUGCAGCAGGCUACCAGCAUAUUCGAAUGUAUGAUUUAAAUUCUAAUAAUUUAAAUCCAGUAAUAAAUUUUGAAGGUGUAUCUAAAAAUGUCAGUGGUUUGGGAUUUCAGGAAGAAGGAAAAUGGAUGUAUACAGGUGGCGAAGAUUGUUCUGCAAGAAUUUGGGACUUACGAUCAAGCAAUUUUCAAUGUCAGCGAAUAUUUCAAGUAUCCGCACCUGUCAAUUGUGUUUUUUUACAUCCAAAUCAAGCAGAAUUAAUUGUUGGUGAUCAAAGUGGUGUAAUUCAUUUAUGGGAUCUUCGAUCGGAUCACAAUGAGCAGUUGAUUCCUGAAACAGAAACAUCAAUACAAGAUAUAGCAGUAGAUACUGAUGGAAUGUACAUGUCUGCUGUUAAUAAUAAAGGAAAUUGCUUUAUUUGGACACUUACUAGUGGUAAUGGAGAAGAACCUACAAAAUUAAAUCCUCGUCAUAAAAUUAAUGCACAUAAAGGGCAUGCUCUUGCUUGUAAAUUUAGUCCAGAUUCUACAUUGCUUGUUACAACCGCUGCUGAUCAGACUGCUAGAAUAUGGAGAACAACAGAUUUUUCUGAGGUGCAAGUAUUUCAACAUGAAACUAAAAGAUGGGUUUGGGAUGUAGCAUUUAGUGCUGAUUCACAGUACAUAUUUACAGCAUCAUCAGAUAGUGUUGCACGUUUAUGGAACAUAGCAACUGGAAGUCUUAAGCGAGAAUAUCGAGGACACCAAAAGGUUAUUUCAGCUCUUGCAUUUAGAGAUGAAAUGGUUUCAAUUAAUUAAAUAUAUGAGUAUAUAAUAAAUGAUAGUAUUAUUCAUAAUGCAAGCAUAUA